AUGAUAAGAUCGAAAAUAUUAUUAUGGAAAUUUUCCAUCGCCAUCCUCAUCUCUGUUUCAAAGAUCACAUAUUCAUCGUUAGGUUACAUUUCAGAGGUGACAUAUUCAUCAUCAGAUAUUAUUGGACACAUUUUUGAGUAUGGGCAUAUGGAUACCUCAGAACAAGAUAAAUCAAAACACAAGAUGCUCUUGCAUCUUCAAGAUAUAGAGGAUACUAAGCUUAAGAUAACUUUGUGGGGUCAUAAUGCAUACUACAUGCAUGAUUUUCUUGCUAACAAUAACAGCCUUGCUCCAGUUGUUGUUAUUGUUCAAUUUGCCAGGGUGAAGUUUAUUAAUGGUCGUCCUUUUUCAUCCACCUACUUUGAUGUUAGUAGGGUUUUCAUAAACAAUGAUAUCGAUGAAAUUACAAUCUACAAAAACAAAUUGGUCUCUGAAAAUGGACAACAACUGUCAUCAAGUGGAAUUAAAAUGAUUGCAUCAAAACAAGACACAGAACAUGAUGACUUUCUGAAAAAUCAUUUGUUUUCUAACAUUGAAGACUUGUUUGAACCUUUGGAGGAAAAGACAGUCAUUAUUGUUGGUACUGUUAAGGGAAUACGUCAAAAUAUACGUUGGUAUUACCUUGCUUGUAGCAACUGCAAAAAGUCAGCAAAAGAAAAAGAGUCUUCAACUGAUAAGGUUGAUGGUUCUCAUGAAGUGGCCGAAAUCGUUACUUAUGAAUGUGCUAAUCUUAAAUGCAAAAAUAUCAAAAUUUCGGUUAUUCCAAGAUUUAAAAUCCCACUUCGGGUUCAAGACAACACAGGAACAUUGACUUUAACUUUAUUUGACCAAGAAGCAAAGAAGUUGUUCAAAUACACAGCUAAAGAGUUGUAUGAUAAAAACAAGAAGCUUGGCAACAAUUUGGAAUUGUAUCCAAUGGAGUUGAAAGUUGUGUUGGACAGAAAGUUGGCAAUUAAGAUUGAUAUCACACGUUACAAUGUCGAUAAUAAAAGUAAUCUUUAUGGGAUAUCAAGAUUAACCGAGAAUGCAGACAUAAUUGAUGAAUUGGAAAAAAAUAAUCUUACUCCACAGCCUGCUAAUUCUGAUUCAUUCUUGAUUGGUUCUUCAGAUGUUGGUUCUCAUGACACCAAAGUUCUCAAGGAUUCUUUUUCACAGACCGGUGAAAAUUUAACUCCAUGUGCUAGGGACAAGUCAACUGCAACAAGUCCUAUAAAAUUCAUUUCUACACCAAUUGAGUUGAAAAGAAACCUUGCUACAUGCAUAGAUAUUGAUGAAAUGGAGAAUUUGUCUACUUCUAAAAUCCUAGACUGUCACCACCAGAUGAACAACCAACUCCUCUUUUGGUACCCAAGAAAGAAAAGUAAAUGCAUUUUACUUCGACAAACAAUCUUACUUCGUGUUUAAUUUUGAUUUCGCAUCAUAGACUCCUAAGCCGUUUACGUUUUUAUCUUUCUUGGUUUUGAAUGUUUUUUUUUGGGAUUUCAUGGUUGUCAUUUUUGUUUCUUGAAAGUACAUUCG